GCACGUAGUAGCUAUAGUUGUUGUUGUUUUUUUUGGUAACUCCAUCUGCGACUCAAAAACUGCUUCAAUAUGUUUCCGAAAUUACUGAUUCUUCUCUUCGUAGCUGUAGCGACGUGGUCAGUGAACUCACAAGACACCUGUUUUGAUCUGUGGUAUCCUUACAACGGACAUUGCUACAAGUUCAUAGACUGUCAAAAGACGUUUGCGGCAGCGGAGGCAGACUGCAAAUUGUACGGUGCACUCUCGAGUCUCGCUUCAAUCCACGAUGAACUGGAGAAUGACUGGGUAUUUGUCAUGCAAGGUGGACUGAAUAAUAUGUGGAUAGGUCUAAGUGACCAGGAAGUGACUGGUGUUCAUAAAUGGACUGACGGGAGCAAUUAUACUUAUUCAAACUGGCAUGAGGGACAACCAGACAAUGAUUGUGGCCUCACCUGUAAUGGAGAGUGUACUCAGUUUGAAGUGAAGAGUGAUUUCGUCGAUAAAUGGAGCAAAGCCGAUUGUAGUGAUCAAAAGCGUUAUGUGUGUAAAAUGACAAAGCCUUAGAAUUUCAAAAACAGCUUAAGGGUUUGUUUUCGAGUUAAAUAAAGACCAGGAACAUCAUGUUACGAAAGAAUGUUGAUUUUAGAGGAAUGAAUUUAAAUGAGUCUUAUAUUUAAUUGUGAUUAAAUAAAGUACGAACA